CGUUUUGCUACACGACUUUUCUGAACGUUUUUCUAUAAUUUUAAUUAAGCGAUACAUCAGUAGUAUACAAUAUUAAAUUUAGAAUCACUGAAUCGUCUUGUACACAGUUGUAGUAGUAAAAUCGAUCUAUACUGAAAAAAAGUUGACAGGUAAUUAGAACAAUAUAACUGCAACAAUGAACGGUAAUAUGUACUAUAAUUACCCUGGCCAAGCAUUUGGUAACUAUCACAUGGCAGGCUUCAAUAGACCGAACAUUCUGUUCAACUACCAGACACCAGGGAACGGAUUAAUGAACUCCAUGCAAGUGCCUCACUUUCCUGUACCGGGUGUUCCAAUGACGUACUAUCCUCCCGGUAUACAUCAGAAUGAGGUACCACGAGGUCCUGGUCCGAAUGAUCCGAUGAUGCAGACGUUUAACGUAAAUGGAUAUGAGGAGGGUUACAAUGGCACAACGUAUGGUUAUGGUGAUAAUUCGGCUGCGAAUGAACCGCACCGCAGAUAUAUUCUGCACCGCGGUCAAAGACUGUACCAGGCAGUUGUUAAAGUCAACAAGAUUAACAAGGACACCACUUGGAGAGAUUUUAAAAAUCUCGUAAGAACAUGGGGCCCGACAUAUAAGAUACAUUUGGCCAAAGAAAGGAUAAGUAAUAAAGGAAGAGGUUACGGCUAUGUACACUACAAGUACAGAAGCGAUGCUACCAGAGCAAUAGAAGGUAUGAAUGGUCUUUCCUUUGAUAACACCAUCCUUGAAGCUGAAUGGUCCAAGCACUCACUAAAUGUGGAACAGAGUUAGAACUUUUUUAUACAAAAAUGUUGUUCAAAUUAUUGUUGUUUACUUCUUAGUCUUCAAUACUUGUAUCAUGUAACGCUUAUUCUUCUCUUUCAUAGUUGUUCAAUUAUUCCCCUUUGUGGGUGACAAUUUCAAUUUGUUUAAAUAAAUUUAUUUGGUACAUAUUAA